CUUUUGCAGAAACUCUCGUAAUCUUGCAAACUGUGAGAGAGGGAGGAAGGAAGGAGGAAGGGAGGGAGGAUGUGCAUGAGUUUCAAUCUCAGAGAUUGGAGAGAAGAGGUUCGCGUCAGCUGUUAUAGCUCUAGAUCACUCUGAAGUUAAACCGAUUGCCCGUCGAGGGAUUUCUCCUCGGGUUCAGUUUCAUCGACAAUUAUCAGAUCGCUGCUCAGGAUGGAGAUGGGUAAGAAGGACGCUGAUCUCCCCCCGAACCAAUUCAGUAGGGACAGAGCGGCAUUUUGGAAAGAGUGGACCCAUCUGCAAUCGUCAGUCGGUGCGCAUCACCAAAAGGUAAUGGAGUUUUUCCAUAAUCAAACAGCGUACUUGUUGAAGCUGGAGUGCAUGAUUAUUCAGCAAGCUGCACAACUUGAGAAGCACAAGACAAAACAAAAAUCUGCGGUAAAUGCAGUGGGAGUGUUCCUCCAACGAGAGGAUAGCUACCGAGAAGCUUUGAAAGCUGCCCUAGAAGCUCUGGAGGAAGAGAAGGAGAAGCACGUCUGCCAAAUCUGUAUGACCAAACCUCGGAAUAUCCUCAUCAUGCCUUGCAUGCAUCUUCUCUACUGCGAUGAGUGUCUAAGAAAGCAUCUGAACACGAGCAAUUUAUGCCCCGUGUGCAGAGGCACCAUGAAGACGUGGAUUCCAUGCAGGUUCAAUCUGGACUGAUACCUUAGCAGACCACGGGACUUCCAAUUUUACAUAUCAGAUGACGAUCGAAUCUGGGACAAACGCUUUGUCCGCUGCUGCAAACGCAGAAUCGCUUUCAAGGUUUCACCAAAGCUUUGGAAUGUGGAAAUGCUCCUGAUGCAUUUCCAAAAAGUACGAUAAGGAUAGGUUGGUGAAGCACAAGUUAUAUUGCUGUAAAAAAUAUCUUCCACCCUCGUAUACAAAAUAUGCCUUCCAGGCUUGGAUAGAAUCCUAAUUGUUGAAAUGGUUGUCUUCAAUUAUCGAAUC